GUACAGAAAUAACCCUCCACCAGAUCUCCGCCGGUGUGACGACCAGCAGACCAGACGCAAGCGCUCUGAGCUACAGCCCAGAGUGCGUGUCUGUGUCAGUCUGUCCGUGUUCUGUACAAACUUGAUCAUGAAGGACCGGAGACAAGCACGUGCUGCGGAUCACCCACUCACAUGAACCUAGGAAGUAAUGUCCCACGUUGUAGUUGUAAGAGAAAGCUUUGCCUAAAAACCCGCCAAGAGAACUCACCGGACCUCGCCUAAUGCGUGGACAGCCCUUCCUGUCCAGCACACACGUGGGACUUCCUGACUGAGUUAGCAGGCCAUCGGUCUCGGUGUGUGUCACACAAUGGAGUCUUCCUCCGACCAGUUUCUGGAGUUCCACCCCAUCCACGGCAGCAACAUGCGGCUGGACUACACAGGCACCCAGGCCACCCGCGUGGAGAGCUUCGCCAACGGGCUGUGCUUCAGCAAGCAGCCCCUGAAGCCCGGGGAGAUCUUCCUGAUCGAGAUCGAGGAGAAGGAGCUGGGCUGGUGCGGCCACCUCCGGGUGGGCCUCACCGCCCACGACCCGGCCGGCAUGGACGCCGUGCCCGAGUACUCCCUGCCCGACAUGAUGGCGCUGGGCGACAGCUGGAUCUUCGCCAUCACCCGCAACCACAACAAGGUCCCGGACGAGGAGGCGGCGGCCCUGGCCCGGGUGGCGGCGUUGGCGAGGCAGCUGGAGGCCAACAGCAGACCCAAGAGCUUCUUCGUGGACACCCACCUGCACAUCGAAGACUUCCGCAUCCCCCUGGAGAAGCUGGUGGGCCGCAGCCGCCCCGGCCGCUUCAGCCACAUCCUGGACGACCUGUACAAGAGCAACGCCCUGCCCCCCACCGCCAGGCGCAGCCGCAUCGGGGUGCUGUACGUGCCCAGGGGGGGCGGCCGCGCCGACAUGCACAUCGUCAUCAACGGGGAGGACAUGGGGGCGUCGGCCAAGGGCCUCCCCGCCGACCGGCCGCUCUACGCCGUGGUGGACGUCUUUGCCGCCACCAAGACGGUGCGCAUCGUGCAGGUGGAGUACGGAUUCUCCUCUCUGCAGACACUGUGUAGGAAGACGAUCCAGAAGCAUAUUGUCCACAGGAUGGCGCUAGACUGGCUGGAACUUCCCGAGGCACUUAAACAUUACUGCAAAUAUGAGUGACGAAGGUUGCCCUGCCUGAGGCGAACUUUAAGCCUACGGCCUUUUGGAACUUUUACACUACAUGAAACACAGACGACAUCAUUUAUUUAUUUAUUUAUGUAUUGUAUUUUUUUUCAAAUAGCUUAUAGAUCCACCAUCAAUUUAAAGAAUGUAAUGACUGUCAAUUAAUCACGUGUAUAGUUUUGUUUUGCCUGCUUUCAGUAGGCUACCUUUGAAUUUAAAUUAGAAAAUAUAAUGUUUAAUAAAUUCAC